AUGUUGUCGUUCUGCGAUUCCCGGCAACCAAGGAUGUUCCCAGAUUACUCCGCGUAUGCAGUGCCUCAUCACCCACGCCCUCGAAUGGACCCGACAAGUGAUGUGUUUACUUGUCUGUUUGGAGAUCUGUUCGUGAAAUGCUUCGAUGACCCCGGUGGCAUGGACCACAUGUCCCACCACUACCGUUCGCUGGACCACUCACCCACGGACGGUAUGGGAUGUGGCAAGGCCCGCAAGAACAAGGAGGACAAGUACUGUGGCGUCUGCGGGGACAGAGCGCUGGGCUACAACUUCGACGCCAUCUCCUGCGAGUCUUGUAAAGCUUUCUUCAGACGUAACGCACCAAAAGGACUUGAUUACUUCAAAUGCCCGUAUGAGGAGAAGUGCAAGAUGGAUGUGUCCAACCGCAGAUUUUGCAAACGAUGCCGUUUACGAAAAUGUUUUGACAUCGGCAUGCGAAAGGAGUACAUACUUACAGACGAGGAGAAGAUGAGGAAGCGACAGCGGAUUGAGGAAAAUCGUCAAAAGACAACAGGAAAACAGCCAGAAUG